AUAUUGGAAUAAAUUUGACAGAUCCAAUGUUUCGUGGGAUUUAUCGUGGUUCUCGGAAACAUCAAGAUGAUUUUUUGGAUGUAAUACAGAGAGCUGUCAAAACUGGAGUUCAAAAGUUCAUGAUUACAGGAGGCAGUUUACAAGAUAGCAAAGAUGCACUGGAAUUAGCAAAGACAAGAGAUUCUUUCUAUAGUACAGUUGGUUGUCACCCUACACGCUGUAGUGAAUUUGAGCAGAAUAAUCCAGCGCAAUACUUGUCUGAUCUUAAAACUUUGGCCGUUGAGAACAAAGGAAAAGUGGUGGCCAUUGGAGAAUGUGGUUUGGAUUUUGAUAGAUUGGAAUUCUGCCCUAAAGAGAUUCAACUAAAAUACUUUGAAAAGCAGUUUGACUUGGCAGAAGAAACUAAAUUGCCUCUGUUUCUACACUGCAGAAAUUCACAUGCAGAAUUUUUAGAUAUAAUGAAGAGAAACAUUGACAGAUGUGUUGGAGGUGUGGUGCACUCCUUCGAUGGUACAAAAGAAGAAGCUGCUGCACUUGUAGAAUUGGGUCUUUAUAUUGGUAUCAAUGGCUGCUCCUUAAAAACUGAAUCCAAUCUUGAAGCCAUGAAAUCUAUCCCGAGUGAAAGACUGAUGAUAGAAACGGAUGCACCAUGGUGUGGAGUAAAGAAUACACAUGCUGGUGCUAAAUAUGUGACGACCACUUUUCCAACAAAAAAGAAGUGGGAAGAGGGACACUGCCUCAAGGACAGGAAUGAACCAUGCCAUAUUGUUCAAGUACUGGAGAUAAUGGCUGCAGUGCGAGAAGAGGACACACGAGAGCUGAGCAACACUAUGUACAAUAAUACUGUGAAGGUCUUCUUUCCUAAUAGUUGAUCAACAGUCAAUUGUGACCAAUUGAUUUUUAAGUUGACACAACUUAAGAGGCAGCUGGCAAUGGCAUCCAUUUCCAGAAUGGUGCUACCUAGUUUUUGCAUGAGCUACUCUAGAUUGAUAUGAAUUUAUCCCCACCAUAGCCAUACAUUUUCUGUUUAAAAAAAAAUCAGUGAAAUUAGUCAUUUUGAUAACAUUUGAAAGAUACUUUUGAAAAAUUUCAAUUUGGAUGUGAUGGGAAAGCUGACUCCCUCUAAUGCAUGAAUGGCAGCUUUCCUCCCAUACCUACUUGAACAUGUUCAAAAGUGUAAUUUCACUGACAGAAUGUUGAGCAAGUACCUUACAGUGGAUUUUUUGAAUUUAUAGUACCUCUGUAUUGCAUUAUUAUUUUAUUAUAAUCAUGAUUGUGACAGAUGUAUUAUAGUAAACCUCUAACCAGAGAUCAGUACUUAAGUAAAUAUUUAGUUUUUAUGCAAAGGAUAAAAAGGUCAAGGACAUGUUAUGGUCAACUUGUUUGGCUUGGAGCAAAGUGGAUAGCAUAACAUCAAUAUGCAAUUCUGUCUGAUCACUUUUAGCAUAUACCGGAGAUAUCUAUUUUCUGAUCUUUAGGAUAUAUUGUAAAUCCUGACAAUGAUGACAAGCUUAUUGUAAUUUAAGAUUGUGUGAUUAUGUAGAGGAAGACAUUAUAGUUUUGUUCCAGUGCCCAUUGAGCCAAAAAUAUAAACAGUAGAAGAUAUGGAACAAUGUGGUUAUCAUGUACAAAAUCCAUAUUAAUGACCAAACACUGGGGUAUAAUUACUGGAAUUUUGUUGUGUGGGAAGUAUUGCUAGAUCAAUAUGAUAAUCAUUCAUUUGAAAAUAAAACUUAUACUCAACAGUGAAGCAUUCCUUCUGUUCAA